AUGACUAGAGCCUCCAAGAACACGAAACCCGCUGCAAUUGAGCUAGAAGAGGAUCUAGAUGACGUGAUGCCAGAAUUAGUUGAAGAAGAAGACGUCAUCGUCCUCUCCGAGGAUAAUAACACGAUUUCUGAAGAUGGUGAAGAGGAGGAAGAAGAGGAAGAUCUGAAGCUUGCUCCGGAUAGUACGGUGGAAGUUCCAAAGAAGAAAAUUAAUGAAAAAAUCAAUGAGGAAGAUUAUCGGAAGAAGGAGAAGGCAGAGUUAUUGGCAGUGCUUGAUAGAUGUGGAAAAUUGGGCGGUCCGAACUUUGACGCUGAUCAAGAACGAGUGCUCAGGGAGCUCACCAAACAAAAAGAGACUAUCAAACGACUGUUGGACGAGAUGAGAGAGUCGAAAAAGAGACAGAAGACCUAUAAUAUUCAGACAAUUUUCAAACGAAAACAGAAAUCGAAAUAA